AUGUGCGAGCGCGACAGCAACAUAGAUUACAUACAUAUAACAUUAGACGAAAUUCUAAGUCACAACAACUCAGCCAGAUGGGAGCGCCUGGUCAAGAGCCAGUCCUUCUGUGGACGACUCAGUCCCGAGAUAGAGGAUAAGCACGAGAGGAGUGCUGCCAGCGACCCCGCUACUAGCAGGAAGGGACGAUGGGAGCGCCUGGUCAAGAGCCAGUCCUUCUGUGGACGACUCAGUCCCGAGAUAGAGGAUAAGCACGAGAGAAGUGCAGCCAGCGACCCCGCUACUAGCAGGAAGGUACGAAGGGAGCGCCUGGUCAAGAGUCAGUCCUUCUGUGGACGACUCAGUCCCGAGAUAGAGGAUAAGCACGAGAGAAGUGCUGCCAGCGACCCUGCUACUAGCAGGAAGGGACGGUAUGUAGUCAAUAAAUUAAUAAAUUACUCACUGCGGCCGCCCGUCGCACAGUCGCGACAGCAAUAUAAUUACGCGCGAGCGAUAAGGAUGGGUAUCUUGGGAUCAUUAGACGAAAUUCUACGUGCUCGGCGACCGGACUAUAGAAGGGAGUGCCUGGUCAAAAGUCAGUCCUUCUGUGGACGACUCAGUCCCGAGAUAGAGGAUAAGCACGAGAGAAGUGCAGCCAGCGACCCCGCUACUAGCAGGAAGGGACGGUUCGACACAACCUCAACAUCGGGCAACGACAGCGACGAAGACCUGCGCAAAAGCAUAGAGAAGACCCACAUCUCCACACGAGACCAAGACAGUGCCAUCCCAGAACAGAACGAGCAAGAAACUGUAGCUCCAAGCUUCAAACUAGGCCCGGCAGGGGGCGCAGUCAGGCCCCGUAUAGCUAGAAGCACGGAGAGGGAACGAUCCUUCUUAGCGCUGAGUUUGGGAGACCCGAAUCAACUUUGGGAUCUGAGUAUGGAUAAGGACUCCGAUGUGGAUAAGAGUGUAACAGCUGGGACGGAGGAACACAGCUCGUUUUCGGAGCAAGCCUGGGACUUUUACCAGGAAAAGUACAACUCCGAGCCGUACUCCGAAGCCCCGGACUCCGACGCCGCGCGCCGCUUACUCGAGUUCGGCGACGACUACCGCGCCUUCCUGGACUCGCAGUCCGAUUGCUGCUCAAGCCUGUCCGCUCAGCCCGAGCGAGCCAGCCCUUCCCGUCGCCGUCCCUCGGCCUCCCGCGAGAGAAGCCUGCCCCGCCACAAACGCCCCACUAAGGAGGGCAGAUCCCCUGACGAACCCCCCCGCAAACCCAAAAAGUCAAUGUCCAGCGCCGAACGCAAAAAAUCACUACUCGACAGCCUCGAACGCUCCCGAAACAACACCAGCAUCGAAAGCAACGAUGGCGUACGACGCCGCAAAACGGACCCCAAAAACAACAAGCGCUCGCCCGAAUUUGAUUUGCUCAACGUCCAAGCCCUCAGCCGGAGGCGACACAGCUCAAACUUAACCAGCGAUGAAAUUAACAGCUCGUUAGAAUACACUGAAGUCAACAACCGCCCUGACAUCUUAGACUCUUUGAAUCGAAGACGGCGCACAGAAAAAGACGGCGAGAGCGAACUCCAAAAGAUCGCGUUAUCCGAAUUGCGACGGCGCUCGACCGAAAGCGCGGACUCUGAAGACGAAUCGUCCAGCCCGAAGAAGCACAGCCGCCGCACCUGGGGGGAGGACUCCGAUUCGGAGUCCGAGGAAGUCCGGUCUCUAGUCCGUCGCUCGAGCACGCAGCUGGAAGCGGUCGAGGCUCUCAUGGCGCGCCAAGACGCGUCGCCAGACCUGCUCCGAGCAUUCGACUACACGGAGAUCGUGACGAAGUGCCGCGAAAACAUCAAUUUGCUGGAUGCAGCAUUGGCUGGUGGGGCCCUGUCGCCAGGGUUGCAAAGGGACGUGAGAGCUGUAUCAGCAAGAUGGUCGGCUCUUCGCGUAGCAGCCACACGGCGCGGCGGCGCCCGUCGUUUGAGGAGGGAGAUCGCGGCCCUCCAUGGCACUCUGGACGAGAUAUGCGAGCCUGGAGACUGUGCCCUGCAGCCCCACACCAAGGCACAGCUCAACAGGAGGAUUGAGGAGCUAAAGGACCGGCUAUCUCGCCUCCUAGAAUGCAAGGUGUCGAUGCUGAAGCUGACGGUGUCGGUGCGCCGAGCGCUGGGAGAAAUGGAGAGCGACGACAGCGGAUUAGCUGGCGAGCUGUCUGGAUUGCUGGCAGCGUGGGAUGAUGCUCAUCAACGCACAUCCAACGAGCUACUGUCCCUUGAAAAGGCAGUAUGCGCGUGGGCUGAGUGGGAGAACGCCCUCCGUGACCUGCAAGGCGCCCUGAGGGGAGACCUGGCCACACUGGAGGCCUUGAGGGACAAGGGGGCCGAAGUUGGGGACCAGACCGAGGUGGCUGCUCAGAUUAGGCAGCUGGCUGCUUCACUGGUGGAUAAGAAAAAGGGUGGUUCAACAUGCGACUCCUUGUCCGACUCUGGCAUCUCCGAUGGCGACAGUGAGGGAGCCGGCGGGCGCGCACGUCGCCUGAGCGCGUUGCGCGAGUUGGCACGCCGCUUGCAAGCCGCGUUGGCUCCCAACUCACCUGCACACAGGGCUAUUGCUAAGCGUAUGGAGCAAACUGAGAAUGAAGUGCGUAUACUGCAAGAAUCUUGCAGAGCACUGGUUGAGCAGAGCAUUCCUGACCUUAAAAUUGAAGAAGACAGAGAUCACAGUAUUAGCACGGUGGCUGGAAGCAAGACCGGCGCUGGUGACCCAGAUUAUAGCCCUCGAGGUGGCUGGGUAUGGCGUGUGCUUCGCUCGUCGCUGCCUAUUCAACUCUGCCUCGUCGCCUUACUACUGGCAGCUUGGCUCGUUGAGCGACCACGAUGCUGUGAUGCCCUAAACUCGCUCGCUCAAACCCUGACUCCUCAGCUCCGUUAUGUUCGAGGACCCCCACCUGUCUGAACACAUAAAAUGUGUUUCUUUGUGAUCACUAGCUACAUGACUAGCUAUUCGCCUAACCUCGCUACUUAGAAUUGAUGCGAGGUUACUGGCAAGUUGCUUUAGCACUUCCAAUGCUAUGGUUGUGAUAUACAUCGUUGUGAUGAAUGUCAUCUUUUGACAUCUUCGACUAACAUUUAUGGGUUUAUUUGUACCCAAAAGUCGUGAAAUGAUGAUUCCAGGCAUAUGAAAGUAGAAGAGAGGAUUGUAGGUUUACAAUGGUAUACCAAGAUGAUUGCGUUAUGAAAUAUUUUUAUUACUAACUAUUGAAGAAGUGAAUUGUUGUGGCUAAGUAGAAAGAACUAUUCGAUGAAAUAUCAUUAUUACUAACACGGUAUAAACAAAAUUUUAUAAAAAUGUAUGAAGUGUGACGUUUUAAGAAUUUCGUGGUAGAUAGAUUCUAAUACAGGACAUAUUUUGUCAAUACUAACUUUAUAAUCAUAAGCAAGUAAAUGACGCAAUGAAACGGGAGUUAAAAGAGUAUGAUGAUACAUUUUGAACGAUUACUAAUAUUUUAAUUGAUGGAACUGGAUAUGAUUGAGACUUCCUUAACAUUAGACAAUCUUAAUUGCUCACAGCAAAAAAUUCUAACAAAAAAAGUGUUCCAAAAAUUCGUCUGUAUCAGAUGAAGUUCAAACUAGGUAUAACCUAUGUUUUAGCAUUAGUUUACUAACGGUUGACAAACAAUACUAAGUUUGUAUGUAGACUAGAAGCAUGCCUAUUUUAGUACAAUUAUUUAAUAGAUUACUUAAAAUAGGUGAGAGUGCGCUAAGAGUGAAAGUCAACUAUCAAUGUACCUUGAUUUAGUUAUUAAUAUCUUUGAAAUACCCGACACUUGUCUAAAACUCUACAUGACUAACUACGAGACCACCUAUAUGAAAUAAUAUAUUUUAAAUAUUUUCAGGUGUGACUUUAUAAAUAAAUAUCAUAAUUAUGUUCAUCUAAAACAUUAGUGGCCUUAUUUAGGUAAUCUGAAUAAUAAAAUAGGAAGUGAAAAUACUGAAAUAGGAAGACUGAUUUAACCUGCAUUAGUUGAAUAAUAUCUGAUUUUCUAAUUUAGUAAUUUGUAUUGUUGGAAAGUUAUUUCCUUAUUGAUUUACUCAACUACCAUAUUUUGGUAUACAUAUUUAAAUAUUAUACAAUAUGUAGUUGUAUGUAUGCGAAUACAUAAAUUUAUCUGAAAUUGAAAUAUUUAUUUAUUACUGAUUUGGUACUAUGAUUAUUCAUAAAAAUAAUAUCUAAAUCUUUUAUUUUUCAAAUGUUUAUUUAUUCAAAUUAUAAAGUAGUAUAUUAUUUUAAUUUGAUAUUAUUUUUGUUAUUUGUUUAUUUCAAUAAUGCCAAUUGAGGCCUGUUUUUUUCUUGAAGCAUCAAAAUAUCUUUAAUUACGAAUAGAACAUAAAAUUAUUUUAAACAUGAUUCACAGAUUACAAUAUUUUUUCCAUAAAUGAUAACACAUUUAUUUUAAAACAUUAACAUUGUUUCUCAAAGCGUAAUAAUAGUGAAUGCUUCUCAAGUUAAAAACUUACAAUACAAUAAUAAAGUUAGUUAAUAAUUUUAUUAUUGUCGCAAUGGACCACCAACCAAUAUAAAAAUGUUUAAGUCUUAUUUUGACCUACAAGAAAACUAUAAUAUUGGUUUUAUUUAAUAAACAUCAAACAUACAAUAUUAUUAUGUAUGUUGUUGUUUGAUUAUGUAUAAUACAUUGUUAUUUAUUCAAAAUAAAAUGCAUCCCUACUUAUUUAUGUGACAAAUUCCAUAACAUAAUAUCUUGAAGAAAAAGAAGUUUGUAAUAUUUUUUUCUUGAAUAAUGCCGUUAGUAAAGUUCUACUACAGAAGUAAGUAGGAUCUAACUCUAAAAUAUAAAAUAAUUUUGUAAUAAUGUAUUGUGUGAAUUUUAUAUACCAGGGUUCAGACAAUUAUGUAUUCAAAAUUUUUUUGAAUAGAGUUUCGGCUCAUGAUAAUAUUUGAUUAUCAUCAUAAUAGCGUCCUACUUGUAACAAAAUGAUAUACAUAUAAACUGCCUUUAUGUGUGAUUGUAGUGUGGCGCAUUCUUGUAUGAAUAAAAUUAACUAGAUUUAAAAUUUUGAAAGUCUUUCUCUAUGGUUUGCAAUUUUGUUUUUGAUAAUAGCUGCCCCGCAAUAUUUUGUGCAGGCAACUUUUUAGUCGUUUUUAAAUACUUUUAAUGAAUAAAACCAUAGGGAAGGAACAAUUGAAUUAUAACAUUCUAUAAUUUCAUGUAAACGGGCAGUUAAUGCCGCUGUAGUGUGUCAUAUUUCUUUUAAUUUUAUAUUUAGUAUAAACUAGACAAUUGAAAGAAAAUAGACAUGCUAAUAAUGUGCAUUUAAUUUUCAUUUCUUUGCAAGGAUGGUUUAAGCAUAAUAAGUAAAUGGUUGCAUAAUGGCAUGUUGGCUUUUGGAACGGAAAUAAAAUGUUGAAAAUUUUAAA